AACCAUAGAGCCAACUGAAACUGAUCAUAAUAUAACAAAAUCCAUCUGAAAACAAACUACUUAAAAAGACUUUUUAAAAUUAUUAGGAUCCCAAGAUUGUAAUAUAUCAAGAAAUGGCAGCAAUGAACUCAAGUGUAUUGGCAUGCAGCUAUGCAGUAUCAGGCAUUGGUGCAUCUGAACUCACCUCAAAACAUGCCUCUAUGGCUUCCCCAUCAGUUCAGAAAUGGCCAGUUAUUAAGGCUCAACAGUCCAAAGUGUUGGAUUCAGAAGCCAACAAGAACCAAGCUGGAAGAAGAAUUGCUCUUCUUGGCUUAGCUGCUGCCCUUUUCACCGCUGCUUCCUCCAACUCCUCAGCCAAUGCUGGUGUCAUUGACGAUUAUCUUGAGAAAAGCAAAGCCAACAAGGAAUUGAAUGACAAGAAGAGGUUGGCCACAAGUGGUGCAAACUUUGCAAGAGCAUACACAGUUCAGUUUGGCACAUGCAAGUUCCCUGAAAACUUCACCGGCUGCCAAGACCUUGCCAAGCAAAAGAAAGUGCCAUUUAUAAGUGAAGACUUGGCCUUGGAGUGCGAGGGCAAGGACAAAUACAAGUGCGGUUCUAAUGUGUUCUGGAAAUGGUGAAGCAUAUGAAGACUUUUGUAGUCUUACCAAAAUGUAUCUACUUUGACAGUCAGAAGUAAUUACCAUCCAUUUUCAUUUUAAUCUUUAUUAAACUUCCCAUUGAUUACUUUUC